AUGGCCUCUCCCGUUGAUGCAAAGCUUCUUCGGAAGACCAAGUUCCCUCCGGAGUUCAGCCGCAAGGUGGACAUGAACAAAGUCAAUAUUGAGGUGAUGAAGAAAUGGAUCUCUGGCCGAAUCUCGGAAAUCCUUGGCAAUGAAGAUGAUGUAGUCAUCGCGCUUUGCUUCAAUUUAAUCGAGGGCAUUCGCUACCCUGAUAUCAAGGCAAUUCAAAUCCAACUAACCGGGUUCCUUGACAAAGACACGCCCAAGUUCUGCCAAGACCUGUGGUCACUGUGCCUGAGUGGUCAAGAGAACCCACAGGGUGUUCCAAAGGAACUUCUCGAGGCGAAGAAACUGGAACUUAUCCAAGAAAAGCUUGAAGCCGAGAAGGCUGCUGAGGCCGCUCGCCAACAAAGAGACGAAGAAGCCGCCCGGGAACGAGAACUAGGUGAUAUCAGAAACCGGGAACGUGGAAACCGUGGAAACCGCGGAGAUUAUGGACGAGGACAGAGAGGCCCUGGUGGUGGCCGUUCUCGUGAUGACCACUUUGACCGCCGACGAUCUCGGUCCCCUCGCAACCGCAGCCGUGACCGAUACCCUCUAACAGACGCCGUCGCACUCGUUCCCCUUCUCGAUCUCGGUCCCGAUCCCGAUCCCGAUCCCGGUCCCCCAUCUCUCCUCGUCGUUCAACUUCCCGCGAGCCACGCAACCGCCGUGAUCGAUCUCCUGAUCUCCCUCGUCGCCGAUCCCGAUCACCAUCCCGACCCUACGAUCGGCCCAUCUCUCCCGACUCGCGCAACCGUGGAGGAAUAA